AACAAAUCGGCAACUGCUUUUCCCCCGUCAUUUAAACUCUUAGCAAAAAUCAUUAAAUAAUUUAUGAAAACAAUCACUAGGGCUUCGGCUACUUCACCUGUUGGAUUUCAAGACUUAUUAUAACAUUUGGUGGGGGGUGAGGGGGUUAGAUUAGAUCUACAUCCUCUUCACUGCAUGUUUUGUUUUGAGGUCAUUUAACUAACUCAUCACAAUGGCUCCCUCUUCCUACCCUGGACCUGCUCAGGUUGGUUCAUACUUCGUUGGACAAUACUAUCAGGUACUUCAACAGCAACCUGAUCUAGUUCAUCAGUUUUAUUCAGAUGACAGUACCAUGAUUUGGGUCGAUGGAGAUUCCUCUGACUCUGCUUCGGCGAUGCUGCAAAUUCAUGCCAUGGUAAUGUCACUAAAUUUUACUGCAAUCGAGAUCAAGACAAUUAAUUCUCUUGAUUCUUGGAAUGGAGGUGUUCUGGUGAUGGUUUCUGGUUCCGUUAAAAUCAAGGAUUUCAGUAGUAGAAGGAAAUUUGUGCAAACCUUUUUCCUCGCUCCUCAAGAGAAGGGUUACUUCGUUCUUAGUGAUAUCCUACAGUUUAUUGAUGAUGGAGUGACUUCACAACUUCCAGCUUCCACAUUAAAAGAAAACAAGCAUGAUGCUCAACCAAAUCUGUCAAGCCCUGUUGCAGAGCCACAAUAUUCUGACUAUGUUUUGAAGGAAGAGGCCAGGGAAUAUGUCAACUCUGUUCAUAUAGAUGAUGAUCCUGUUGACAAAUAUAGUCUCCCUGAGCAACCACAAGAGGAAGGUUUUGAAGAUGAAGUUGUGGUGGAGGAGGCUCCUGCAGAUGAAACUCUCGCUUCACAUCACAAUGUGGUGGACAUUGUGCAAGAAAUCCCAGCUAUCCCUUUGGAGGAACCUGUUGGGGAGCCUCCAAGGAAAACAUAUGCCUCUAUUGUGCAGUUGCGUGUUCCAAAGGAGCAAGCCGUUUCAUCUGUUCGAGUGCAACCAUCUUAUAAUAAGGUUUCCCAGAGUACUUCAGAUUGGGAUCAUAUUCCCGAGCCUACUAGUCGGCGGUCACAUCUUGCUUGGUCAGAUGUGUCUGAAUCUGCAGCAGAAAAAGCAGUAGAGGAAGGGUUGGUCUCUGAAGAAGGUGAAUAUAUUGGUGAAUACAAAUCUGUUUACGUGAGGAACUUGCCCUCUACUAUUACUGUGACUGAAAUUGAGCAAGAGUUCAAGAAUUUUGGUAGAAUCAAGCCUGAUGGUGUGUUUAUCCGGAACCGCAAGGAUGUUGUUGGUGUUUGCUAUGCUUUUGUUGAGUUUGAAGACAUUUUUGCUGUUCAAAAUGCAAUCAAGGCAUCUCCUAUACAAUUGGGGGGAAGGCAAGUCUACAUAGAAGAGCGCAGGCCAAAUAGCAGCAGUACACGAGGAGGAAGAAGGGGAAGAGGCAGGGGCAAUUAUACAGCUGAAGCCUCGAGAGGUCGUUUUGGUUCUCGUAGUUUGGGUAGAGGAAGCAACCAAGAAUCUGGUGACUACAGAUCAAGAGGCAAUGGUUUGUAUCAGCGAGGUUCUACAUAAGACACUGUGUUUGGCUGAAUGAACAUUUCAACUUGUGGCACACUGUUGGAUCAAUUUUUUUUUUUUUUGGGGGGGGGGGGGGUUGAUUGAGUUCUGAAUGAACAUUUGCCAUCAGUGAGUUAAAAAAUUAUGCUUGUACCUUUUGGAGUGUGUGAUUCCACAUAAAAGAAGUGUUGGGGGGAUAAUUUUUCAUGUCAUCCUUUAAUGAGUGUAUGUUGCUCUCCCCUUGAAUGCUUUUUAUUAUGCAUUUCAAGCGGAUCAUCUUAUUUUUCUCUUAUGGUUUUGAGCUGGUUUAUGACCACUUAGAUUUGGCACAGCUCUAUUUGAGUGAAAAGAAUAUAAAGUUAUGGCAAA